AUGGGUAAAGCUAAAAAAACAAGAAGAUUUGCACAAGUCAAACGAUUACUCAAUCCUAACGAUUCUAGAUUAAAGAGUGUCCAAGAUAAAUUGAAAAAAAAAGAAGAAGAGAUUGAGAAGAAUGCCGUUAGGAAUGUCCCUCAAGUGGCUUCUUCUUUAUUCUUCAAGUAUAACGAUGCGCUUGGACCACCAUACCAUGUACUGGUUGAUACAAACUUUAUCAACUUUUCGAUACAAAACAAAUUAGAACUUGUACAGUCCAUGAUGGAUUGUUUAUAUGCCAAGAGCAUACCAUGUAUAACUGAUUGCGUUAUGGCUGAAUUGGAGAAACUUGGACCUAAAUAUCGUAUUGCACUUCGCGUUGCUCGUGAUCCUCGCUUUGAACGUUUGCCUUGUUUGCACAAGGGCACUUACGCCGACGAUUGUAUAGUACAACGAGUCACACAGGUAUUUAUCACCGUCGAUGCAUCAAUUACACAAGCUUUCCUCUCACACUAUGAUAUUCUCCAGCACAAAUGUUUCAUAGUAGCCACAUGUGAUCGGGAUCUCAAGCGAAGAAUACGGAAAAUACCUGGAAUACCAAUAAUGUAUAUCUCUCGACGUAAAUAUACGAUUGAGAGAUUACCUGAGGCGUAUGGAGCUCCGCUUUGA